AUGACGAAAGAGGGCAGGAGAAGCUCAGCCUCUCAGAAACAUAACCAAAGCUACAAUUCUUGUUGUCAGCUUGCUGUGGACAACAACUAUCACACCACCUGCCCCAAGGUGCUCUACAGGGCCAAUGAUGACCACAAAGUGUUUCCCAAAAUACAUCUGGAUGAAGUGGAUCAUCAACAUGCGUAUGUGGCAUUUCAAAACCAGAUGAAGCGUGUACCUGUGUCAAAGUGCAGCACAUAUAAAACUCUGCAGGACUGUUGGUCUGCUCAGGAUCCAUACUGUGUCUGGUGUGGCUCCAACAGAUGCACAUUUGAAGAUGAAUGCCCAGAUUCAGACUGGUUAUCCAUUCCUGAAGAUUACCAGGAGAAAAUGGUUUCCUACACUAUAACAAAAGACACCACUGACCAGAUCACACUAAAGAUCCAGACACACCUGACUGUGGGUCAGAACGCGCUGUCUAAUUUCGUCUGUGAAAUCUCUUCAAGUGUCAAUGAGUUUUGUAGAAGAGAAAGCGCUCCCCCACAGUUCCCACAAUGCCCCUGCAUCCUCUCAAAUAACACACUUCCCAUUGAAGGUCAGUGA